CAGCACCUCUGGCUUUCCCCGGUCCUGGCCAGGGCGACCGCCGGGACGCUGCCGCGAACACAAACAUGAGCGACUCUGCUCGAGAGCGCGCCGGCCUGCGACGCUACCCCGAGCUCCCGGUGUGGGUGGUGGAGGACCAUCAGGAGGUUCUGCCUUUUAUAUACAGGGCCAUUGGCUCAAGGCAUCUUCCUGCCAAUAAUAUAAUUUUCAUGCAUUUUGAUUCACACCCAGACCUCCUUAUUCCUGUGAACAUGCCAGCUGACACUGUGUUUGAUAAGGAAACACUUUUUGGAGAAUUGAGUAUUGAAAAUUGGAUUAUGCCUGCAGUGUACGCUGGCCAUUUUUCUCAUGUGUUGUGGCUUCAUCCUCCCUGGGCUCAGCAAAUCAGAGAGGGCAAGCAUCAUUUUUUGGUAGGCAAAGACACUUCUACUACAACAAUCAGGGUUACGAGUACAGACCACUACUUCCUAAGUGACGGCCUUUAUGUAACUGAAGAACAACUAGAGAACCAGAAGCCCGUACAACUGGAUGUGAUGACGGUGAACCCUGAUAAACUCUGUAGCCGUCAAGAAGAAAACGGUGCAGUGUCUUCUGCUAAGAAGCCAAAGCUAGCGCUGGAAGGUGCAGAGAACCCUGCCUCUGCUGACUCUGACUCUGACACAGAUGGACUGCGUGAGCACGCAGUGGCACAACGAAAGGGACCGUCCUGCCCGGAACAGUCAUGUUCAUGGUCUCCGGAGGGGCAGGCUGGGGAGAUUCUGGAGAUUUUGAAGAAAGGGGAUGCAUUUGUGUUAGAUAUUGACUUAGAUUUUUUUUCAGUGAAGAAUCCUUUCAAAGAAAUGUUUACUCAGGAGGAGUACAAAAUCCUGCAAGAGCUGUAUCACUUUAAGCAGCCUGAUGGCAGCCUGACAGAGGAAGAUUUGGUAGAUUGUGUUGAUACUCGGACUCACCAGUUAGAAGACUUAGAAGCUACUUUCGCUGACUUGUGUGAUGGUGAUGAUGAAGAAACUGUACAGAAAUGGGCUUCAAAUCCUGGGAUGGGAUCUCUAAUUCCACUUGUACAGAGUUUGAAAAAACGGAUGGAAGUACCAGACUAUGAAAUGGUUCACCAAGCUGGCCUAACCUGUGAUUAUUCAGAACUUCCUCACCAUGUCAGCACAGAACAAGAAAUUGAGUGUCUUAUUCAGUCUGUGUAUUAUUUACUUAAAAAUUUACCAAAACCUGCUCUUGUGACAAUUGCAAGGUCAAGUCUGGAUGAUUACUGUCCUAGUGAGCAAGUUGACACCAUCCAAGAAAAAGUCCUCGGUGUCCUGCGCUCUCUCUACGGGACUCUAGACAUUCACCUGGUCUAUUCAGCAGAGUCUUCUCCAUCUUGAAACAACAGAACACAAGGCCCCGAUUCCAUCUGGAUGUAGUAACAGUUGUCACUGACUUAACUGUAAAUGAGUCUUCCAGAGAACACUUCGCUUUAAUAGUAACUUUCAGUUAAAACCUCUUGGGUAUUUUCAGUCGCCAAGCAAAGGCCACGCUGAAUGGCAGCAACUGUUUUGGCAGCAACUCCGCUCCCACUUGACGCGCGUUGCUGCUCUUCCUGCCUUUCUGUCAUUGUCCUCUUUGGGAGUUUGGUGUGUUGGGUUUUUUUUCCCAUUUCUGCCCUUGGCCAGUUGAAAUAUUUGAGAUUCAUUGAGUUAUUCACUCGCCCAGCUGACCAUUUUUAGCACUUCUGCCAGGCAUCAGUAAAUGGUAGGUGAACAGCAGUGGACAGAAUAGGCAGGGCUCCUGAGAAGCAGCGUAUGGAGGUGAGACAUGUUAUGGUCAAAAGGAAAACCACAAACUUGUCCUAGGUAUGCUUGAACUACUCCGAACACGCUGAUCUAGAGGAAAAUAAGGCUGCUACCAAAAAGAUAAAUGUUCGUGCCCACUGAUGAAGAUGUUGCAGGAAAUGGACCUUCCCAAGAUGGUUGGCAUUCUGAGUUGGUGACUUUUUUCACCAGCCUUCUCCAAAUAAGAGAUCCUGUCUUCAUCAUGGAAUUUUUUGUUUACUCAGUUGCCAAAAUCUUCUACUUGAGAGAAGUGGGUACUUGGUAUCCCUUAUGUUAGUAGUCAUUUUUAACUACCAACUUGAUUUCUUUUACUUUGAAAGUUAAAAAAAGAAAUACGAGGGGAAAAAUCCCCAUCAUUUCCCAGUCUGAACGCAGCAGUCAUUUCCAUUCUUGCAUGUAACUGUCAGGCCUUUAUUGCAUGUACCUGAUGGUGUGUCAGCUAACCUGAUGGCCAGUCCUGGAGGACACGUUCCCUUUUCCACUCAGAUCCCGUGUUCUCAGAAAUUCUUGUUCCAGCAAGCUUCUCUUGUUACCAAGUUGGUUUCCCCAAGCUGAUAGCAUGGAUGUUUAUUUUUUGUGUGAACAGCAAAACAAACUCAUCAGCUUUCCAUUUUGAAAGAACAUUACGUGCCAAAAUUUAUUUCUCUGUAAGAUGAGAAUUGCAGAAUAGUGCUAUUAUUUUUAAGUAUUUGAAAGGUUUCUAAUAGAGUUCUGUAAACAUGGUACUUGAGUAAAUUAUUUAAUGUGCUAAAAAGUAAAAAGGUGUGUGUUGAGAAUUUAAGAUUUAAAACCAUGUGCUAGCACUAAUGAAUUGUGAUUACAGUGUGUUGGCAUCCAUCUUAGGAAUCUGGUUUCAAAGUCAUUAAUUAUGAUAUCCAUGAACUCUGGUGUAACUUCAUUAUUUUAACUCAGGUAAAAUAAAAGGGCAUUUCCAUUUUAGGAUCAGUUUAGUUCUUAUGCAUUGUAGUUCUCUGAAGAACUUUGCAUUUCA